GGAGAAGGGCGGGCAUGCAGCCAACAUGCCGAGGCAGCUGCACGGUGGCAAGAGGGCUCUGUGGGUUUGAGUCCAGGGAUGGUGGGACCUCUCCGGCCAGGGAACAGGCAGAGCCAGGUGGCUCGUGCCCCUUGAGGGGGGCAGCAUGAUGUCUGAGAACGUGUCAGUGAGCCCCACGGGGGGCAUCACCCCCCUGCAGCAGAUGCUGGCAUCUGGAACCGGGGCCCUCUUCACAUCCCUCUUCGUCACCCCCCUGGACGUGGUGAAGAUCCGGCUGCAGGCCCAGAGGACGCCCUUCUCCAAAGUGUUGUCAGUAGAGUGUGUGCCCUGGAGCGUUCACCAGUCCAAAUGGAAAUGCUUCUUGUAUUGCAAUGGGCUGAUGGACCAUCUGUACGUGUGCCAGAACGGGAACAGCUGCACCGCCUGGUACAAAGCCCCCACCCGGUUCACCGGCACCCUGGAUGCCUUUGUGAAGAUCACGCGCCAUGAGGGCAUUAAGUCUCUGUGGAGCGGCCUGCCACCUACCCUGGUGAUGGCGGUGCCCGCCACUGUGAUCUAUUUCACCAGCUACGACCAGCUGCGGGAUUAUCUGCGCUCCCGGAUGGGCAGCCAAGGGGCCCACAUCCCCUUGGUGGCUGGGGCCAUCGCCAGGCUGGGCGCGGUGACGGUGAUCAGCCCCUUGGAGCUCAUCCGGACCAAGAUGCAGUCCCGCCAGUUGAGCUACCGCGAGCUGCGCGUCUGCAUUCAGUCCGCAGUGGCCCAGGACGGCUGGCUGUCCCUGUGGAGGGGCUGUGGGCCCACCCUGCUGCGGGACGUUCCCUUCUCAGCUCUCUACUGGUUUAACUACGAGCUGGUGAAGGAAUGGCUCUGCCGCCAGUCCCAGCGGGACAAAGCCACUUUCAUGGUCAGCUUCACGGCAGGGGCCGUCUCGGGGACGGUGGCAGCCGUGCUGACGCUGCCCUUCGACGUGGUGAAAACCCAGCGACAGAUUGAGCUGGGCGACAUGGAGACCCUCCGAGCUGACUCGGGUUAG